AUGGCCGGCGAGACAACUCUCAAAGCAGUCCUCCUCGUCGAAUUCAGCGAAGACGAUGACGCGACACUGUACGUCAUCUCAAAAAGACCCCAGACAACAGCAGAGUGGUCUGAAGCUGGCGCUUCAAUUGCUUAUAUUCUAGAGAACAUCGCAGCCAGCUACUCUCAUCCAAGAAAUUCAUUACGUCGUUCUUUGCAUCCUCCUUUUAGUUAUGGUGAGUUAUCCACACCAUCUGAAGCAACAUCUGAUGUAGCUCCACCUCAAAUUGUUGAUUUAGAGGAUGACGUAGAUACAAGGACUGAGGAGGAGAUUUUGGAAGAUAUGAAAAACAAUGAAAGUCAUGUGAAAAUCUGCAAGAGAUAUCCCCCAAAUGUUGAGAUGUUAAAUAAAGAGAGGCAGAAAAUAUUAGUUUUUAAAAACAAGGAAGAGUUGAAAGCUGUUGGGUGUUCUCAACAGGGGAUAACUGAGGGCUGUGUUCAUAUGAUAGUAGUGGAUGAGCUGCCUUUUAGGUUUGUUGAGGGAGAGGGUUUUAAGUAUUUCUGUAAGAGAGCUUGUCCUUAUUGGGUUAUUCCUUGUCGUCAGACAAUUGCAAAACAUGUGUUAAGUAUGUACAAGUCUGAAAAGAAAAUUCUUAAGGAUGCUUUAAAAGGGAAGAGGGUCAGCCUAACAACGGAUACUUGGGCAUCUAUUCAAAAUAUAAAUUACAUGGUCCUUACUGCUUAUUUUGUUGAAGAUGAUUGGAUUUUACAUAAGAAAGUGUUGAAUUUCUGUGUUAUUCCAAACGAUAAAGGGGAGUCCAUUGCUAGGCUUUUAGAAGAGUGUCUAACAGAGUGA